GCACCAGUAUCUGAAGCAGGCACGACGCCUCAAACGGGCAGCGGACAAUGAGGCGGACAUGACGCUCAAGCUCAUCAGGUACACCCAGGCGGUGAUCUACUUCCUGCUGACGGCCCUGUCCAUGGAGAAGGACUCGGACGACACGGACGCCAUGUCGGCCAUGUUGAAUGAUACGCUGAAGCUCAUCAAGAGCGCCACGGCCGCUGACCCGACGCGCCCCUCUCCCAGGGACAUGUUGCGCCUGUCAGCCGCCACCUACCGCAAGCAGGGCAAGCGUCCAACGCACACCGACCACAAGCUGCAGACGCUGCUGCUGCGCUGCCAGGGCCUCAUCUACUUGCGUAUGUUCAAGCUGCGUGAGGCGGAGCACAAGAAGGCGCAGCGCCAAGUCGCUGAGUUCAAGAUGCUCUCGGAGCCGCUGUCUGCUGAUGAGCCGACGUGCUCGGUGCCGAUCGACCUGUUCCGGCUGAUGCUGCGGUGUAACGAGAUACAAACACACCUGCAAAACUGGCUUGACUGCUGGGAGCAGGCCGACGAGUUGAUGCAGAUGGCCCAGGACACAGCCGAGUUCUUCGCCGAGCUGGACCGGACGAUGGGCGGCCUGCUCGCCACCAGCUCGCUACUGGAGCUGGUCUACUACAUUCGCGAGACGACGCGCCGUCUGCAGGAGAUGCACAACCGCGCCGUGGUCUGACCCUCGGCGUCCGGCGUCCGGUUCCCCCGCUGACGGGCGC